UGCUCACGUGCACUUCGGCAAUGCCGAAGGUAGCGUUGGCCAUCAAGGCCCAAUUGGAGGGCGUGACAGACUUGCAUACGGUCUCUGUCGACGAUUUCGUCUACUUUUUCAAAAUCAAGUGCACGUCUUGUCAUGAGGAACAUCCAAAGGAGGUCGGCAUGAGUAGAGACACCAAAGUUGAGAGUGCGGGCUCGAGAGGACUUGCGAGCUUUGUAUGGUCUUGCCAGUUCUGCAACCGCGAAUCGACAGCCAAUUUUGAGACGACCAAUCGCAGUAGCAAGUAUCAGACUCGGGAGCUCACUCAAGACGAUCGCGACUUUGUUCCUAUUGCUAUACUCGACUGUCGCGGCCUCGAGCUCCUGUCAUUCAUCCCAAGAGGAAAGUGGGUCUGUCGAGGUGCCGAGUCGCGCACAAAGUUCUUGGAUAUCGAUCUUUUCGAUGAAGAAGGCGAAGAGUGGUCAGAUUAUGACGAGAAGGCAGCCGCGCCCGUUUCGAUCACAGACUUUGAGUCGACCUUCUUGCGAGCGUAGCGUGCAUGCAUUAGACCGAUAGCAGUAAGAUGUAUGUACAAUAGGAGAUAAACUUCGGGAAAAGUGGGCGAGA